UGAAAUUCCGAUCGAUGAGAAACGAGCGUAAGUAAAUAAAUUUACAAACUUUUUUUUGCAGUAUUCCAGCAGAGCAUUUCGGAAACAUCGAUUCCUGAAACAUGUCGUCGAUUUGAAUAGCAAGGGUAGGGGGUGUUUUGAACCCUUAAACAGAACGUGGAGAAAGAGGCCUACGAGGACUAGACAAACUCUUCUCCCGCCACAUCAGAUGACAAUCAAUCAUUCGACCGCGGCGAGGUGGGGGUGGAAUGUCAUCGCCACGAAUCCUGUGGUUAGUGAGUUUUGUGUAGUGACGUUUUAAGCUGUAUGAGUGCUUUCAAGCUAGUUGUGAGGGCUAACUUCGGUUUAGUGAUAAGAGUUUUUUGUUUGUGUUUCGAAAUUCCAAAUUCUAAAAUGUUGAGUUUUCCUAACCAUUGGCGUGCGCAAAAAUUCGGUGAUCGAUCAAUAACCGGUGUUGUUUGGUAGUGUGUUUGGUUCGAUGUGCCGGAUGUGGUUUGCUAUUUCUUUUUCCGGCCGAUAGCGCGGAAAAUGAGUCAAUUUCGUAUCAGCUACAGUGCACUAGGUAUGUCUGAAGAAACAUCGCUCAGUAGUUGCUCGCCGACAGCCCGUUGGAAAGCGUUACGAAAUGUUACUUUUCCCCCAGAGAUGUACGACGGCAGUGGGAACAGUGUCGGCGGUGGCAGCAGCAUCGGAAUCGCCGCCGGUGGAUCCCGCCGUGGGUCCCGGUUCUUCCAGCGGCCCCGCUCGAUGUCCGCCUGGAGUGACAUCAGCCGGAGCAGCAUGCGGAUGGAUGAAAGGUAAGCUGGAUGGAAGAAAGCAAACAAAAACAAAAAAAACGAGGGGAGAAAAACAUCUGCCGGGACUUGAUAAGGGGUUGGCAUAAUACCACCUAGUUGGAAUUACGGGUUGAAUAAAUGAAUGCAGAGGAAAAAGUUAAAAACUCCUCUUCUCAACCUGGAACUCCGACAAAGUUAAACUAAUGUUUAUUUCAUUUUGUUGCGUAGAUUCCCUGGGGGAGAAAUAAAUAACAUUUAGCU